CCGCGCUGACCCAAGGGGCCUAUCGUGGCCGGGCAGGGCGACCUCCGCCCACUGUCCCAGUUGCCUGCGGGCGUCCCACAGUCCAGAGUUCCCGAGCAGCGGCAGCACCCUCUCCAGGGCGGCUGUGUGGCUACUGCCCUCCUUACCUGGACUCGCCGAGGGCAGUGGCAUGGAGCCUGACAGCAGCCCACUGACCACACACGUGCUAGACACUGCUUCGGGGCUCCCAGCCUGUGGCCUCUGCCUCCACUUGUCCCGGCUGGAGGACCUCACCCAGCAGUGGACAGAGCUGAGGAAAAGCUAUACAGACCCAGAUGGCCGCUGUCCUGGGCUCCUGAGGCCAGGCCAGAUGAAGCCAGGCACCUACAAGCUGUCCUUUGACACUGAGAGCUACUGGAAGGAGAGGGGACAGGAGAGCUUCUACCCAUAUGUAGAGGUUGUUUUCACCAUCACAAAGGAAACCCAGAAGUUCCAUGUGCCUCUGCUGCUGAGCCCAUGGUCCUACACCACCUACCGAGGGAGCUAGAGCCCAUCCUUGCUCUGGCUGGGCUGCCCACCCACCAUCAGUGGUUGCCCGCUUCCUUGGAGGUUCUGGCCCACCUCUGGAAUUUCUUAGUGGGCAGCUGUGACUUGGGUCAAUAAAGUCAGUGCUGUAUCUGCA